GAAAUAUUGCCAGCCUAGUUUGAACGGAAUAUUGCAGCAAGCGCAAGCAGCUCUAAACAGUCACAUGGAUCAGCUCACAGAAUGUCAACAUCGGUAACCAGUAAAGCCAUGUGGAUUGGCGAGGCACAACAGCGCAACGCAAACCCCUUUUAAUCCUGGAACGCCUGAUCGCCGCCAGUAGACAAAAAGCGGUCCAAUAACCGCUCUAUGCGUUGGGAACAUAUCACUGAAUAAUAACGGACUCGCCGUUUCCAGCCCUCCACUUGCAGCAAAACGACAUUUUUGUAGCAUAAGGGAAUGAACGUUUCGACGUUAACGGCUCGGUCUUGUAAAAUAGCCUACUGUAUUUGAUUUAUGACAGGAUGGUUUCCCUUAGCAGCACCCUGCUUGGAUAACGUUACCGCUGUGCUGUUCUGAUUCUCCGGAUAAUGGGUCUCCCAUUCCUAACAGAGCUUUCUUGGAUUUGAAAGUGGAUGAUUGACUGUACAGGCAGUGAAUGCUAGACGCACCUGUCACUGAUCUCACGCUGUCAACAGCAGAAGAGCAGAUAGAUUUAGUUAAGUUGACAGGACCAUCCUGGAUUGUGUACCACAGUGGAAUUACCAUACUAUUGGUCAGCAGACAAAUAAUGGACAUGUACAAGGAUUCCUCAUCUAUGGAUUUCAAUGGAGUGAUUUUUUUUGUCUGACCAAAACAUUUUCUAUAGAAGGCCAAGGCUUUCCCUACAAAAUAUAAGAAGCUAGUAUUCUGGUCACAUUUUUACUGAGAUGUUGUUUUCCAACGGCUUGAAGUGGAGCCUGUAAUUGUGAUGAAGACACGGCCUGUUUCUGUUCAUCAGAGGAACCCAGUGUUCAUCCUGUUAUAGCCAAGAAAUCUCCAGGGGAGGAAUUAUUCUCAGACAUCCCUUGGAAAUCUGAAUUUUCAAUAAGGGGCUUCUUUGUUUUUCCCUUACCUCCGCUUCCCUGAAAAUUUCAUUUUUGUCUACCACUACACCAUGUAUCUAUCGAUGCAGAAGAACUUCAGGGCAUUUACUGUGUUAGCCUUUAUUGUAACUUUCACCAUGUUCCUCUUCGGUUUCACGUUGAGAGAUCCCUCUCUGUACUUCUUCAAAUAUGCCAUACGCAAGUCGGACAUCUUCUUCUCUAAUGGCCAGUGUGGCUGUCAACAGUGUAUGACAGAGCUGGAGGACGACCCCUGGUUCACUGAGCGGUUCAACCUGUCAGUCCACCCUCUGCUGUCUAGGAGGAACAGCCUGCUGACUAACGACACAUACCGCUGGUGGCAGCGCUUGCAGGAUCACAAGGACCCGGCCAACUUCAGCGAGGUGGUGGAGAAGUUGUUCCAGGUCAUCCCUGAUAAUGAUAACCUCUACAAGGACGCGGGGCCUGAGCGCUGUAGGACCUGUGCUGUGGUGGGGAAUUCUGGGAACCUCAAGGGCUCCCGCUACGGACCCCUCAUCGACUCCAGUGAUGUUAUCAUCAGAAUGAACAUGGCUCCUACCUCUGGCUUUGAGGAGGAUGUUGGGAGCCGGACUACGCAUCACGUCAUGUACCCAGAGAGCGCUGUAGAUCUGGAGAACACCACCAUUCUUCUGCUCAUCCCCUUCAAGACUCUGGACCUGCAAUGGAUCACCAGUGCCUUGACCACCGGCUCCAUCAAAGAAACAUACAUUCCGGUCCGGUCCAGGAUUAAGGCAAACAAGAACAGGGUGUUGAUAUACAACCCAGCCUUCUUUAAAUAUGUCUAUGACACAUGGCUGGAGAAUCAUGGCCGCUAUCCCUCCACUGGCUUCCUCAGCCUAUUGUUUGCCAUGCACAUCUGCGAUAAGGUGAGUGUGUACGGGUUCGGAGCGGACCGGUAUGGGAACUGGCACCACUACUGGGACAAUAAUUACCACGGAGGCGAAUUCCGCAAAACUGGGGUGCAUGAUGGGGACCAUGAGAACAACGUCACCCUGCUUCUGGCUGAUAAACACAAAAUUGAUAUUUUCAGAGGCUUCUGAUAUCUGGAGAUGUCAUUGGCCUGAGACCAUCAAGCCUCAUCAGCCUAAAUCCUGUUGACUCAGGGAUUACCCACUGGGGAUAAACUGGUUGAAAUAACAUUGUUUCAACGUAAUUUGUCACUGUAUCGUGAUGUGGAAUGCAUGUGUAAAAUGUCUUGGAUUUGCAAAAAGUCAUCAAUGUAAACAAUUUUUUGAGGGUGAAAUUUCAACCAGGAUUAUGUCAUGGUAACCUAUUUUUAAGACACAAUUUAUAUAAAAUGUUACAUUUGUACCUUUUUGUAACAAUAUCAGAUCUUUAAUGUUAUAUCCACUAUCAGACCCCCCCCCACACACACACACACAAAAAGUGUUGGUUGUGAACUAACACUUGUACUUUUUUCCCCCUGACUAGCUCUGACUUUGCUGAUAGCUACUUCAUUGUGGAUAAAUGUACUUACUGUAGGUUUAACAAUGCAAAGGAAACGUAACCAUACUUCAUCAAUCGGAUACCAUCAAUGAUGCUAUUUAGGCCUAUAUAGCAUUUGCGACCGUCAUCAACAGCUAUUUGAAUUCAACCCAGGAUUCAACUAAAAAUAGACAAUACAUAUAGGCAAAUGGUUUGAGUCUUUUGGUUAAUUUAAAAGUUAAUAAUGUAUGGGGGGGGGGGGGGGGGUUGCGCUAAGCUGACAUAUGGAAUUGUUUUAGAUGGUCAUACUAUGAAUCCAUUAGCUAUUUGAUUUUGAAUUUUAGAACUUCUUUAGGUAUAAAAAAAUGUUUUGAUAAAUUAUUAAUUUUGGCCUCAUAAGAAACAAGGUUUUGAAGUGUCUGUCAUAAACCCAGUAUAUAUAAAAAUGUAUAUAUUUAUUUUUUUGUGUGUAUAUAUAUAUAUAUUUAUUUGUAAAAAAUAGUGCACGUUCAAGAUCACAGGUUUGUCGACCGCUUCACAAUUUCUACAAUAAACAGCAUUGAUCACUUGCAUCA